CCGCUUCCGUAGUCAGCUGCUCGGCACCACAACAAACAUGGCGACAGGAGGCGGCUGACGGACCCAGAAGAACCCAGAAGAACCGCUGCAGAACCCGAUACAACCGUUUCAGCUAAGAUCUGUUUCAAUAACCUCAUAACAGGAACUCUCCCCUCGACCCUGCGCUCACGAUGGAGUCCGGCCCGUUCCCGGAGGAGCUGCUGUCGGACCGGAAAGUGUUCGUUGUCGGUUCCGAGCUGGUGGAGAACUACACGGUCUAUAUCAUCGAGGUGACGGAUGGAGAGCACAAAUGGACCGUGAAGCACCGCUACAGUGACUUCCACGACCUCCACGAAAAGCUGACAGCAGAGAAGAAGGUAGACCGACGACUGCUUCCUCCAAAGAAGAUGUUGGGGAAGAACUCGAAGAGUCUGGUGGAGCGGCGGCAGAAGGAGCUGGAGCUCUACCUGCAGACGCUGCUGCAGCAGUUCCCACAGGCCACGCCCACUCCGCUCGCCGGCUUCCUGCACUUUCACCUCUACGAGAUCAACGGUAUCACAGCAGCACUGGCUGAGGAGUUGUUCCAUAAAGGUGAGCAGUUGCUGCAGGCUGGCGAGGUGUUUUCUCUACGUCCUCUGCAGCUUUACUCCGUCUCCCAGCAGCUUCGUCUGGCCAAACCGACCUGCUGUAACGGAGACGCCAAGACGGACCUGGGACACAUCCUCGACUUCACCUGCAGGCUGCGAUACCUCAAGAUGUCUGGUACCAGAGGUCCAGUAGGAACCAGUAACAUCCAGGAGAGCAGUCUCCCUUUCGACCUGUCUGUUUUCAAAUCGCUUCUGCAGAUAGAGAUCAGUGAGUGCAGCUCUCAGCAGAUACAAGGUCUGUCGUCUCUGAGGUCGAGUCUGGCAACUCUGAGUAUGCACCACUCCACAGAAACUAUGAUGUCGAUCUUGGUCCCGGAGGCGAGCGAGUUCUCACAGUGGGAGGCCGAGGGGGCGGAGUCUGGCUGUCCCGUCACAGCCGUCAUUCCUGUGUGGAGAAACCUGACCACGUUGGACAUGAGCCACAACAGCAUCAGCACCAUCGACAACUCAGUGAAACUGAUUCCUAAGGUGGAGUUUCUGGAUCUGAGCUACAACCAGCUGUCCACAGUGGAAAACCUCCAGCAUCUGUACAAUCUGGUCCACGUGGAUCUGUCCUAUAACAGCCUGCGGGUGCUGGAAGCUGCUCACACCCGUCUGGGCAACAUCAAAACCCUGAGUCUGGCUGGCAACCAGCUGGACCAACUGACCGGUCUCACCAAGCUGUACUCUCUGGUCAACCUGGACCUCAGCCACAACCAGCUGGCCCAGAGUAACCCCAUGUGCAUCAUCCCAGACUACAGAACCAAAGUCCUGGCCCAGUUUGGAGACCGUGCAGCAGAGGUUUGUUUGGACGGUACAGUGACAACAGAGAAGGAGCUAGACACAGUGGAAGUGUUGAAAGCCAUUCAGAAAGCCAAAGAAGUCAAAGACAGGAUGAGCAGCGGCGACAAGAAGAUCAGUGAGGAGACCAGGCUGUCUGCCGCUGCACCUCCUCACCUCUCCUCCUCCUCUCUCCCCUCCUCCUCCUCCUCCUCCUCCUCCUCCUCCUGCUGCUCUUCUGCUGUUGCUCCCCCUGCUGUCACCUCCUCCUCUUCCUCUUCCUCCUCCUCCUCUUCCUGUCCGGCCCAGCAGGCUGCCUGCCCCAGCCAAGAAGUGACGAACGGAGAAGGAGCCGCAGUUCCCCCCAGUGUCCUCCCUCCUGUGGACGCUGCACCUCCCCCCGCAAGCUUUAACACUAAUACAAACCUCCUGUCUGCUGACCCCGCCCAGGUACAACAACCUGCUGUCAGUCUGUCUGAACACACACAAGGUGGAGCUCCCACAAGGGCUUCUACUACUACGACUCCUACUAUUACUGUCUGUUGUGACUGCUCCUCUUCCUCCUCCAGACCAGUUGAAACCACCUGCUUCUCCUGCAGCGCCGCCUGGUGUCCCCUACUUCCUACUCCGCUGCUCUCCCUCUCCUCCCACAACAAAGACUUCAUUACCCAGCUCUCCCAUCUUCUCAGCUCCACCCUGGAGGAGCAGAAGAACAAGACAAAGGAGGAGGAAGAGAAAGCGGAGGAGGGGGAGGAAGAGAAGAUAUCUGAGUCCAGAGAGGUUCUUCAGUCCCGUGUCGAGGGCACCGAGGUGGGAAGUCCCAGUCCAGGCUCCAGGGACGGAUACUUUGAGAUGGGUCUGGAUGACUCUGUUGAGGAGUCGGUCUGCUCCUCUUCCACGUCACCUGCUGUUCCUCCUGCAGAAGAGCCCGUUGGCCACCAGGAGGAGCUGUGUGGUGAGGAGGAGGUGCAGGUCAGCAGGAUUCUGUGGUGCUACUGUCUUCAGGUGAAGGAGGAGGUGGAGCAGAAGGAGGCGUGUCUGGUGCUGACGGACCGGCUGUUGGGCCUUCUGUACCUACCAGAUGAUUUCACGUGGACCAAUCAUGACGCAGACCAGGAGCAGAGUCCGUCUGCGGAGGAGGUGUUGUCCAGCCUGCAGGUGGACCUCCUGCUGCCGUACUCCCGGCUCCUGCUCUCCUCCCGACUCGAGCUCCCCGACUCCUGCCUCGCCUUCGGACUCAAAGACGGUUCGACCCGCUGGUACAUUUUCUCCGAGGCCGAGGGGGUUCGGCAGACCAGGACCGAGUUGACGGUGCUGAUCCAGGCUGCAGGAUCUCAGACUAACCCGGAGCCCCCCAACACUCCUCAGCUCCUCCCUCGAUCGCUCAUCAACUCCUGGGAGCUGGAGGAGAGUCAGGGAGCCCAGGGAGGCUAUCCUGCCCACCUUCUUCCCUCCUCGUCUUCCUCCUCCUCUGCCCCGGACGCCCACCCCCUCCUGUCAGACAUUUUAUCCAAGACGGAGGAGCCCGGCCUCCCCUCUCUCCUCUUUCUCACCCACCGACACCUCUGGGUGCUGAAGGUGGACUUCAGAGAGCUGGCAGAAAGAGAGAGGAGGAGCGGUGACCUUCAUCACUCCUCCUCCUCCUCUUCCUCCUGGUGCAGGCUGGUCCGGGUGCCCCUCGGCUCCGUGGUGCUUCACCCCAGAGAGAGCGCUUCUCUGGUCGGGGACAGAACCAGCGACACCUCCUGCCCCGACCCAAAACACCACCACAGGAGGAGUCACGCUGUGGAGCUGCUGCUGGGCGGACAGAGGCUGCUGCUGCUCUUCCCUCUGGCCCAGGACAGAAGCUCCUUUCUGGGGGAGCUGAGCCAGCGGAGAGCCUCUCUGGAGGGGCUGAAGAUGGUGGCCCUGCCCCGGCCCUGCACGCCCAGUCCGCACCAAGGGCAAGGCCGUUACAGAUCCAGAGACCAGUGCUGUUGCACCAGUGCCAGAAAAUCACACAGCACCAACAGCUGGGACUCAACCCGCCUCCAAGUGGAGGAGAACCAGCCGUCCCCCCACCUCACCCCGGGACUCUCCCCAGGACUGAAACUCCUGGCAGGGCUUGGAGGACCGCAACUGCUAGCCUACUUCCACAGAUAUAUAGCGAUGUCUGAGGCAGAGGAGGUGAGACAGGUCCUGUGGCUGUCUGUGGUUCUCUACAAGUCUCCUGAGUCCGAGCUCACCUGCUGUCUGCUGCUCUCCACCGAUACAAUCUACUUCCUGUUGGAAGACUCCGCCUCCACGCUCGGUCAGCACUCAGUGUUGGACGUAAUGGACUCUGGAGAUCCGGACGUCUGUCUGUGCUGCUGUCUGUCCAUCAGACUGUCUGAGCUGCUGUCUGUCAAUGUGGGACUGUUCGACCAGUACUUCAGAGUCGUAGGUCGUUCGGCCGACCAUAUCGUGUGCUGUCUCAGCAGGGACAGUUACGGGACGGGCGUCUUCCUUCAGGAACUGAUGUCGGCUCUCAGCCUGCAGCAGCAGCUUCCUCCUCCAGAACCAUCAGAUCAGGACUUCUACUCCCAGUUCACCAACACAAACACGGGUAAGAUGCAGAACUACGAGCUGGUCCACAGCAGCAGGGUGAAGUUUAUUUAUCCCAGUGAGGAAGAGAUGGGAGACCUGACCUUCAUCGUGGCAGAGAGGAAGACUCCGGCCAGCGCAGCGUCCUCGUCCUCACGCUCCUUCAACGUCCUGCUGUACCUGCUGGUCUUCCAGGUCCAGGUCCCCAGCAGUCUGCCCAGCCAGGUCUCCACUCUCUCAGGACACUCCUCCUCUGGUUCUGGCUCCGCCUCAGCUCCUGUCCUCCAGCCCAGGACUUUGAUCCUGACCAGCACCGAUGUGUUCCUGUUGGACGAGGACUACGUCAGCUACCCUCUGCCCGACUUCGCCAAAGAACCUCCCUCCAGGGAGCGGUACCAGCUGCGCGAGGCUCGGAGGAUCCGGGACCUGGAUCGGGUCCUGCUGGGGUACCAGACGUACCCUCAGGCUCUGACCCUGGUGUUCGAUGACCUGCCCGGCCCCGACCUGCUCUGCCACCUCACCAUGGACCACUUUGCCGCCGGAGGGGAGGAGGCCACGUCCAGAGGGGGCGGAGCCAGCGGGGGCGCAGAGGGCGAGGUCCAGUGGUGCGUCUUCGUCCCGGGAGCCGACAGCAGAGAGCGGCUGAUCUCGCUCCUCGCUCGCCAGUGGGAGGCGCUGUGCAGCCGGGAGCUUCCUGUCGAGCUCACCGGCUGAUCGGUCGGUGAGGAUGACGGACGGAUGCGUGACUGUUCAGCACCUCGCUGGUCGUUGGGAGCUGAAGGAGGCGCCGAGGAGGGAACAAGAUCAUUUACACAUGAAUUCAGGGCACGAUUGGCGGUUUCUAUCCGCUCUGAGUGGUCACAGCGAGAGGACCGGAGGCGAGGAAUCAACGACGCUCUCUUUCAGUCUCUCCUCGAGGGCGUUUACGGUGUUUAAAGUUGUGUGAAGAAAGACAACACCUUCACACACCUCGCCAGUCGCACAGCAUGUGAUGUGUUUGUGAUUUGAGCAGCUGUCUGUGGAGAUUUCUCUCAGUCAGCACGCCAGAGGAAACCAGUAGAGGAGUAAGAGGAGAAAAUGGGGAGGGGUCUGUUCAUAUCGCGAUGUGUUGUGACAAACACAAACACACGUCAGGUUAAACCUCAUAUGACUAUUUGUAAGUGCGACUCAACGGACACCAGACUUUACAGACAGUGGGACGAGCCGAAAUAAUGGGAGUUUCUGGCACAACCUCACUUUCCUACCAAGUGUCUCACACGGAGCAGAUUUACUUUAUUUGGUGAAUGACUUUAUUGACAGACAGACAGACAGACAACAGACAGACA